AUGGAAACGUUGCUGCACCGCUCCUGUGUGCCAGCCACCGCAGCGACCCCCACCGCAGAGUUGUCCUUUCUGGAGAAGUCUAGACAUUUCUCACCACACGAGUCUGGUGCCAUUCGCAUCACGAGCUCGUCUCUGCGAACGUCAGAUCUGUCCUCGUUGUGCCUAAACAUCGUACCCCAGCGGGAGCGGACGGGUAGCGUGGGAGUCCGGCUCAGCGCCUCGAUCAUUCACUAUAGCCCUGCAAGGAUGCUGCCGGAAUCCCCCUCACGAGUGGAUACGUUAGCGCGCGAUGCGGUGAAGAACUGUGAGCAACAGCUAAAGCAAGAGGAAGAGCCCUUUGGUUCCUCGUAUCGAGAGGUCGAGGAACGGCGCGCCUCAAAGGCUCUAGCCCCCAGUGGCGUGAGCGACGCAAGCGCCACUGAGGACGGAGCCCGCACCCGUGGAGCAGAGCUCGUGGGAGACAGUGACGACGAGGAUGUGUACAACUCGCGCAUUGCGCGGAGAAUCCGCGCCUUUCUCGAGAGCAUUAGGGAGGAGGACUUUACGCUCAAUCCCCCACCGGUAGACGCGACGGACAUGGAGGCUAACGGUGAGUAUGUAGAUGAGGAGACGCUGCGCCAGCAGCGACUAGAGCGGAUGACGGUUGAUGAAAUGCGCAGCAUCACAUCGGAGGCGCAGCGAGAGCUCCUGAUUUCCCUCUACGACGCCAUCACGCUGGAGACGGACUUGAUGGAGAUCAGCGAGGAUGUUUCCGUGCUCAAGCGGGCUGUCGGCCAGAGAGACGAGGUCAUUGAGAUGCUGAAGAUGCAGCUCAGCACGGCGGAUGAAUACAAUGAGGAGCUGCACAACGCCAAGAAGGAGGCGUUGCGCAAGCUCAGCGAUGCGAAGACGGAAAUGGCAUUGCUUAGCCAGCGUAAUGCAAAGUUGUCGAAGCUACUACAAGAAAGGGAGGAGGAGCUGCAGCUGAGUCUUCUGGGCGGUACCAACACCUUGGCUGGCGCGUUGCUACCAGCACCGGAGCGCAGAGAUGAGGGCACCAUCACAACCGAGGCACCACGCUCGGUUGUGACCGCGGAUUCGGCCAGUGUCGGGGUGUUCAACAAGGGCAGCUGCUCCACCCUCUCAUCCCCGACGCAGCACCGACUACACGAGCUGGAGGAGAUGCUCUGGAAGCUACAGUGUCUCCGUGACGUGCUUCACUCCAAGGAAAAGGCGAAGGAUGAUCUAGAUCAGCAGGUAUGGCAGUUGGCGAUGAGCGUCAAGGGGUCUCGGGCUGCAGCGGCAAGCAGUGCUUCUCCAAACGGUGGUGAUGGCUUCUGUCAGCUGCAAGGAGUGAGUGACGCCUCCACUGAAGUGGGGUGCAUGCCGCGAUGUCGGUGUAAAGAGGCUGCAGGCUGCGCUGACUCUCUCGAAGAGGCGCAGAUUCUGCGGGUGAAGGUGUUGGCGCAGGGGGCGAACACCAGGGGAGCCAAAACCCGUGGGGUGAGCCGCCGCGAAAUCGCCACGAAGACCGAGAUAGCCUCCCAGAAACAGUUGGUGGGGUCGUCCGGUCUGGUUUCCACAAGUACGACGGCACCACCGGGGCAGGGCGGCAGUUGUGGCUGUGGCGCACCCGCGGGCGCUAACCUAGCGCUGCUUCAGCGGCAGCUUGACCGCGCCCAGGCGGACGCAAGACGUCUCGAAAGCGAGCUGCGCGCAGAGCGUGAGAAGUCGCAGAGACAGAGCGUGACUGAGAAAAAACUGCUGGAGAAUGUUACCAGUCUCGCCCAGCAACUACGUGCUCGCGAGGCGCUCGAUCGCGAGACACGCCGGCAGCGUCGGGCUCAGCAGAGCGGUACGCGGGGCGACGACGGUGGCGCGGCGGAGGGGCGCCGGACUUUGUUUUAUCCCAGUCGCUUCAGUCUUGGUGACCGUGCUGGCGUGCGGCGCGAGGCGAGCGCAGUCGCGGAGGACGUUCACGAUGGAGCCGUCUCGACAUGGGCUCCGUGCAGUGUGAACCGAGUAUCCGGUGACGUUGGUGUGGGUGCUGCAGCGGUGACUUCCAGGACGAGCCACGCGAGCUCACCAGAGCUUCGCCGGCGCAGAGAGUCGAUCUUUGCGUCGCUGCGUGACGCUCACACGACUUAG